CUCUUACAGUUGCUUGAUUGUGCAAAUUUCUGAAGUCAGAUUUUUUAAUCAAUUUCACACCUAUCUCAUACACCUAUGAGAUGUAUAUCUCUGACUUCCAACUUUCGAUAUCUGAAAAUUAUCAAUUUUUAACAGCUGCAUCAAUCCUCUUUUGAGCUCUGGAUGUUGAUCUUUCCUGUCCCCUCUCCCUGUUGUAUCUGCUUUUCCAUUCAUUUACCAUUUGCUGAAUCUUUUUUGUUCUUUGACAUGGCUAAUUCAUAUAGUUGUCCUUGCCGUCUUUACAUAAUGAUUUAGUUUAUAAACGAUCAACUCAGAAGUUGGACAGAUCACCUGGCAUUUCACUUUGAUCUCUUUUUCUUUUUUGCAGGGCAUUAGUACAUCCAUAUAAUAUGUUAUGGUGGUCAAGUUUAGCAAAUGCCAGACCGAGAAGCUUAUACCGUGUCUUGUAUUCGGAGGCUAAAGGUACCAGCUAGGAUGAUACUCUAUAUUGUUUGAAGAAAGGAAGUGAACAAUUGCUACUUUAGUGAAAGUAAGCACUUGUGAUAUGUCUCUAAAAAACCAUGAAAAAAAAUCAGUGUCUGUCAAUCACAAAGAGGAAAAGAAGGAUAAGAUGAAGCAGCUGAAAGUGCAAUCAGUAGGUUGAGGUGGCUCAACUUUUCUGCCGUAGCAAUGCAGCAGAAGUCUGGUGGCAAAUGACCCAUUCUCUGGCCAUAUUGCAAGUUCAUGCCAGCACAAGCACAGAACAAUCAGCAUCUCCAAAGCAGUCCUUUGUUUGAAACGAGAAUAUAUGGAUGCUGUCUUCUUUCUUGUACUGGUGAGUGGAGAGAUGCUUGAAAGAGAGCUUUCUAAUGAUCAAAGUGCUUAUUACUCUGUCCUCUUCUACGCAUCAUGGUGCCAAUUCUCAUCCGACAUUCAGCCUAUCUUUGAUGCUCUUAGUUAUAUGUUUCCUCAAAUAAAACAUUUAUUAGUUGAAGAAUCAUCAGUCAUGCCAAGUGUCCUCUCGAGAAAUGGCAUUCACAGUUUUCCAGCUAUAAUGCUGUUUAAUGGGACAACAAGGUUUCGGUAUCGUGGCUCAAAGGAUUUUACUUCCCUGGUCCAUUUCUACAAGAGAAGUACAGGUUUGGAUCCAAUAACAUAUCUGGAAAUUCAUCAGUCCAGUUCAGGAAAUGCGAGGACCGUUAUAGUUCAGGUUGAGUCCAUAUGGGAGUUGAUAACCAAGGAAUCUUACUUAACAUUUGCCAUACUUUUCAUCUGUCUGAAGAUAAUUAUGUGCUUCUUUCCUUUGAUCUACCUUCGCUUCAAAUCUUUCUGGGUCUCACAUGUCUGGCCUGUGAACUUAAGGAUCCUUCAUGAAUCAAGCCUGCUAUUGGAGAAAGUACUGCAGGUAGUUGACAUAAAAAGGAUGUGGAGCAAUAUUCAACUCUCCAACAAGACAAGGAACUUUCAAAAAGGGGCAAAUAAUGCCCGGGUUUGGGCAUCUUCCCUUACGAGACUGAACGAGUCAUCUUCCUCAAGAUUAGCCCUUAAGGACUCGUAGUUUUCUCUUAUAUCGAUCAAUGUACACCCACCAUACCUUUCAUGGAGCAACACUAGUUAUUUCUCUUUUUGUUCUUGCUGUAGGCACAUGGAAAGCAAAUCACGUGUAGAUUUUGAGUACUAAAUCAUUUUGUAUAUUGGAUACUGUGGCUGCAUUUUUAGCAUAAUGCAAAGUCCAUGGGUGUUCAUCUUUAUCUUUCCAUGUGUAAACUCUUUUUCAUGUAUGAAUAGUUCUAUUCAACCAUACGAUCUCCCAUAGUCAA